AAUCAAUUUUGACCAGAAAUGCUAUAAAAUGAUCCGAAGUCAGAUUCUCCUCCACAGUACGUUUGUGGAUAUAUUGAAUGAAAAUCCAGACAAUUAAUCACAAUGUUAUUGGACGCAUGGAUGAUAUCCGAAAUUUUCGGCGCAACGAUUCUCCUAAUCUCUGCACUGUAUAUAUAUUAUAAACUUUAUGUCUUCGCUUUCUGGCGCAAAAAGGGAGUGUACAAUGUGGAACCUACGUUCCUUACGGGACACAUGAUGCCACUUUUGACUGGCAAAAUAUCGCAAGGUGAUUUUUUCAAAGACGCAUACGAUCAAAACCGUAAACACCGGCUUCUUGGAUUAUACAUGUUGCACAAACCGUAUUUGAUGGUGAACGAUCCCGAUAUAAUUCGAGAAGUGUUGACGAAAGAAUUUUCAAGUUUUCACGACCGCGGAAUAUUUUCCAAUACGGAAACAGAUCCACUCACGGGCAAUUUAUUUCAAUUGCCCGGAAAAAAAUGGAGGCAAUUAAGGGUGAAACUGACGCCGACUUUCACGUCCGGGAAGAUUAAGCAAAUAUUUCCGAUUUUGAAGGAAACGGGAGACACGCUGGCAAAGUAUUUGGAUCGCAAAGCCGAAUUGAAAGAAUCGAUCGACGUAAAAGAGGUUUUCGCAAGGUAUUCGGUUGACAUCAUCAUGUCAGUCGCGUUCGGAAUAACUUGCGACAGUUUCAAAAAUCCGGAUAACGAAUUUCGUUACUGGGGUAAAAGGAUAUUGGAGCCUAGACCUUUUUGGAACGGUCUCGUAUUUUUCGCGCCGCAAGUGUUCGAUUGGUUCGGGAUACCGUUCAAUGAACGAGGGAUCACCAAUUUUUUUACCACCAUGUUUCGAGAGACGGUGGAGUAUCGUGAAACCCAUAAUAUCGUUAGGAAAGAUUUCUUGAACUUGUUGAUGCAACUAAUCCGAGACGGAUACGUUAAUCCUGACGAUGAUUCGGUGUCCGAAAAUACUCAAGCAAAGGCAGCGGAGAAUAAAUUGACGAUGAAGGAGGCAUCCGCGCAAGCUUAUGUUUUUUAUUUAGCCGGAUUUGAGACGUCUUCGACCACAGCCACAUUCUGCUUGUACGAACUAGCAAAAAAUCAAGAUAUACAAGAUAAUUUGCGGGACGAGAUUCGAAAUGUUGUAAAAAAACAUGGCGGUAUCACAUAUAACGCAAUAAAUGAUAUGCGUUUUCUUGACAAGGUAAUCUCAGAAACUUUGAGGAAAUAUCCCCCGGUUGCCUUUCUAAAUCGCGUCUGCACAAAGGAGGUACUGUUGGAAUCCACAGGCGUGACCGUGCCCCUAGGAACUCCUCUAGUAAUACCUGUUUAUGGUAUCCAAAACGAUCGGAAAAUAUAUCCAGACCCAGAGAAAUUCGAUCCAGAUCGCUUCAGCGAGGAGAAUAUUAAAUCCAGACAUCCGUACGUUUAUUUGCCCUUUGGAGAGGGACCAAGGGUAUGCAUAGGCUUACGAUUUGGACUGAUACAAGUCAAAGUUGCUAUAAUAAACGCGUUGCUCAAUCAUAGGGUGAAACCUACACCGGGUAUGCCGGACACCCUGGAAUUUUUAGGCGGUACUAUUGUUUUAAUACCAAAAGGGGGUGUGCAUUUGAACUUUGAAACUGUGGCAUGAUGAAUUCAACUAUGAAAAUUCGCAUUGUCCCACCUAGCACAGAUGAUAGUAGAAAGGUAGAUGAUAGUAACUAUAAACCACUGAACGAGGCAAGUCGAUACAGUAGAUCAUCGACACAUCAGUCGGUGUCCGAUUGUAACUAUUUAUUUCCGCCCAGCGAUUUGUCUCGUUGAAGAGGUUUUACGCCAAUGAUCCUGAAAAACCUACGUUAGCGAAAAAUAAGAAGAGGGAGACGGAGAGGAAGACGUCAGCUGUGUUUGAUAGGGCAAUAACUAUAAUCUCCACAUGACCCGUUCACUUUAAAGAAUAUGUUUUUAAUUUUGGAUAUAAAAUAAACGCAUAACUGUUUCGAAAA